AUGGCUCCUCUCAUGUUAACAUGCGGCACAGCAGCAGACUUCUCCGCAGCUAUCCCUCAUCCUUUGGUUUCUCCCCUCAUCGGCGCAGCAGCAGACUACUCCGCCAUUUUCCCUCGUCCUUUGGUUUCUCCCCUCAUCAGUGCAGCAGCAGACUACUCCGCCAUUUUCCCUCCUCCUCUGGUUUCUCCCCUCAUUGGCUCAGCAGCAAACUACUUCGCCAUUUUCCCUCCUCCUCUGGUUUCUCCCCGCAUCGGCUCAGCAGCAGACUACUCCGCCACUUUCCCUCCUCCUCUUGUUUCUCCCUUCAGCGGCUCAACAGCAGACUACCCCGCCCUUAUUCCUCCGCCUCUUAUGCCUCUCCCCACAUCUGCUCUGCAGCUUGCAGUCAACUUCCCCGGUUGGCCGAACUGUCUUGCACGCACGCUGUCUAACAGCCUAGUGAGUGGCUUUAACCUCUGGUUUGCCACUCAGCAGAGUGGUUUUGGCGCCAUUCAUACCUCUCCCUCUGCACCCACCUCUUCCUCCUCUGACCCCUAUGCUGAUGGCCUCCGUCAUCCUUGCCUGCAUCCCUCCAACUCUUCUCCCUCAGUGCUCACACAUCCGCUAUGCCAAGAACCUUCUCGACUAUCUUACGACCUUCUCAGCGUCAUUGCCCUCUUACCCGAGCUCACCUCUCUUCGUCUUGCUGACUUCACCACCAUGGCAGACUACAUCGCUCGUGUGCAAACGCUGUCCUCCCAACUUGCCGCUCAACAGUUUGAACUUUCCUAUCAUGUCUGCGAUGCCCUCCUCCUCACAAACCUCACUCCUGAUUACAGUGUUCAUGUCACCUUGUAUGGUGAGCGCCGUGCUGACCAGUGGUCGUUCUCUCGUGUCUCUGCCUUCCUCCUCCAGGCAGAGCUCAACCUCCGCAGCUGCCCUCCUACUGUCGCUGCUGUCACACCCUCUUCUACCCCUCCUCCUCUCCCCACUACCACUGCCACCACUGCUUCCUAUCGCCCUCACAACACCUUUCCUCCUUGCACCUACAUCAUUUGCCAGGGGCCCCGUAGGGGUCAGCCAUGCGGUCGCACCAAUCAUCCCACCUCCUCCUGCUUCUAA